UUACCUAUCAGUUACCUGUUCAGGUAAACCCCGCCCACGAUGACAAUACGCUAUUAACAGUGAAGCAGUACGCGCGCACAAAGAUAGCUUCAGCCAAAACAAAGCCACAACGGUAGCAGGAGCAUCCACCGAAUUUUCCUUCGAAAGGUUGUUCAUUGAUAUCUCUUGUCCUGAUCAUUAUAGUAAAUCUCCACAGAUGUUUCUGUUUGUGCUCCUGUGCUGUGUUGGGGUCGUGCACUGUUAUGGUAAUGGACUUGUCAGCUCAGUUUGUGGAACUAUGACGCCCAAACACGGGUCUAACAGCGCUCAGACCAGCGCUGCUCCGUUCACCGUCACUGCUGACAAAACUACCUUUAAAGAGGGAGAUCAAAUCACAGUGUUGCUAAAAAGCCAAUCAGGAGAUCAAUUUGAAGGGUUUAUGUUACAAGCACGUCAAGUUGGAUCAACUACUUCCAUCGGCACUUUUAGUGUGAUGGAAAGUAACACGCAGCUCCUCUCCUGCGAUGCAGCGGCUAGUAGAGCAGUCUCUCACACAUCAGACAGUAAAAAAAGUUCAGUUCAAGCUAAAUGGACAGCCCCUACAUCUGGACCGCUUGGCGAUAUAGAAUUCAGAGCAACAUUUGUGAAAUCUUUUGCUACUUUUUGGGUUGGUGUCAAGAGCUCUACCGUGGCAUAUACAGGAACUUCUGCACCUGCAGCUGAGACUGUUCGAUCAAAUCCUGAUUGUGGGGAAACUAAAGUCUGCUUCAGUCAGCCCAGCAACUGUGACCCAACUGCCAACACAGGCUGCUACUUCAUGGCAGUUCAGACAUCAUCUAACCAAUCAGAAAUGAGGAUUGAAAUGUUUGGGCAAGCUGAUGGAUACGUUGCUAUUGGGUUUUCAGAUGACCAGGAAAUGGGUAAUGACGACAUCUACAUCUGUGGUAAGGACAGCAGCGGCAACCUCAAAGUGCAACAUGCUAUUUCCACAGGAAAAACAGCUCCGACUAUUCUCUCACUGGGGAAUGUGACUGAUAUCAAGACAACGCUAAUGAAUGGAAAUACUAUCAAUUGUUCUUUUACUUCCCGUAAUGUGAUUAGCACGAGAAGUAGAGCAACGUCUACUAGCGAGUACUACCUCAUGAUUGCUGCCGGACCCUCCAACAGUCAAGGUAACAUCCAGAUCCACACAAAUAAAUACGUCAGUAGUACAAAGGCUAAUUUACAGGAUCCAAGCCAGGUCGUUACAAGUGCUGAAGAAUUCCCAGCGAUUGUUAAAGCACACGGUUGCCUGAUGUUAAUCUCAUGGAUGACAACGGGCAGUAUAGGGAUGCUCAUAGCUCGCUAUUUAAAGGGAGUUGCCAAAGACCACGGUUGCUGUGGUAAAGAUUUCUGGUUUAUGGCCCACGUGUCUCUGAUGGCCCUGUCAGUCACUGCCACUGCCAUCGCAUUCAUACUGGUGUUUUCUUAUGCCCAGGAUUGGAGUGGGGGGGCUCAUCCGGUCCUGGGUUGUUUGGUGAUGAUCCUAAGUCUUAUUCAGCCCAUAGUUGCUGCUUUCCGCUGUGAGCCGAAUGAUGAACGGAGGUUUGUUUUUAACUGGGCCCAUUCCUUCAUUGCUUUAGCUAUCAAAGGCCUUGCAGUUGCUGCAAUUUUCACUGGUCUGGCACUGUUUGAAGAAUAUGAGGAGGAUCCAUGGAUGUUAAAAGUUAUGGGAGGUUUUGUUACCUGGGAGGCCCUGAUAUACGUUCUUCAAGAUCUUAACCUACGCGCCAAGAAAAAGGAUUCUGAGAUUUGCAGUUUUGGAUCGAUGAGACCUGAAACAGUCCUGCUUGUCCUGUAUUUAUUGGGAAACCUUGCCUUCUUAAUAGCACUUCUUGUUGGAAUAGGAAGAACUUAAAUAACCCACAUUGUACGGCCUUCCCCACUGGUUUUAAGGCCACCUUUUGACUCUUUUGCUGUAUAUGUAUAUAGGCAUUUGUUAUAUUUUUCUUAUUAACUCUUUUCAGCACAGUAGAAUCUCUACAUGAUUUUUUUGCUUGUUAUUUUUAGUUAAUAUGGCAUUCUUUCCAAUUAGAUAUUCACCACGGUGCCUUUGAGUAAGGAACAUAAUUGUAGUAUACUACUAGGAGUAUAUGUUGAUGUUGCAAUUACUGUACAGUAUGUUACUCAUUAUGAUGAAAAAAACAAUAGUGAAUUUAUCUCAGGAUUUAAUCAAAGAAGCCAGGAAAUAAGUUGUCCAUAUUUUAUUUUAUUUUAAAUCAUAACAAAUGUUGAUUAAAACAUUUAUGGAAAAUAUUUUACAGUUUUUAAAUAUUUUAAUAUAAUUUUUAUGUGUAGACAUUAUAUUGUGAUGGUAACUUAAGUGUACAGCACUCAACCACUAGAUGGCAGUGUCAUAAAAGGAAUUUUUAUGCAACUAUGUAAUUUUUUAUUGUACAUUUUCAGACUAUUCAAGGGACUAGAUCAGUUCUUCAAAUGAAAUGUAUUCAUACAUUUUAUUGUUUAAUAAAUAGACCAUUUUGUUUA